UAGCCAAAAACCCACAAGUAGAAUCUCCUUUGAGAGAGAGAGAGAGAGAGAGAUGGAGGCUGUGGGAGCUUUUCUUGAAGAAGAAUGGGAGUCAUUGAGCAGAAUGUUCUCCUCAGAAGAAGCUGAUUUCGUGGCGCAUUUGCAAGGUCACGAUAAGCGCGACAACAACAGCUUCAUCUUUGGAACUUCAUCACCAACUGUUUGGCCCAUUGAUGAUGAAGCUAAUUAUAAUGUGAACACCAUGUAUGGGGUUGAUGAGAGUUUUCUCUAUUCCUCUGAUACUCUAGGCUCUAAUUUUCACUAUUUUUCUCAAGAAAGUAGUAACAGCAGUGGUAGUAAUAAUGUCUUUUUUCCAACUCCCAGCCAAGAAAACCACUGCUUCAGUGAUUCUAACCAAGAAACAAACAAUAGUCUUCAGUCCAUGGAUUUUGGUGCAAUGGACAUGGAAAAUAAUAACUCGUCUGUUCCAUUUUUUCCUGAUAAUGAUGUAAUGGGAGACAUUCUAUACUCGAAAGAAGAGAUAGGAAGUGACAAUUUGGGAAAUAAAUUAGACGGUCAACCAGCUAUUGCUGGUCCUGGCAAUGAUCUGCCGCAGAAGAGGAAGAUUGAUGCGCCAAAAAUCUCUUCGGAUGAGACUCCUAAGAAGAAAUCUCGGGUUUCAAAAGAUGCACAAAAGGGUAAGAAAAAUACGACAUCCAAAAAGAACCAGAAGCUCACUAAGAAUGGCAGUGAUGAGGAGGAGACUAAUAAUGGUGGAACAAAUGGGCAGAGCUCUAGCUGCUACAGCUCAGAGGAUGAUUCCAAUGCUUCUCAUGAGCUGAAGGGAGGAACAAAUUCAGACUCCAAAGGGCCUUCUGCGGCUCUCAACUCAAAUGGGAAAACAAGAGCCAGCAGAGGGGCUGCAACCGAUCCUCAGAGCCUCUAUGCAAGGAGAAGAAGAGAGAGAAUUAAUGAGCGAUUGAGAAUAUUGCAAAACCUUGUCCCAAAUGGAACAAAGGUUGACAUUAGCACAAUGCUUGAAGAGGCAGUCCAUUAUGUGAAGUUUUUGCAGCUACAAAUUAAGUUAUUAAGCUCUGAUGACAUGUGGAUGUACGCUCCUAUCGCCUACAAUGGGAUGGAUAUUGGACUCUACAGCAAAAUUUCUCCAACUCUAUGA